AUUUCACCUUGACCAACCUCAGCAUUCUCUUCACUUCUAUCCUGAUACUCUGCGGAGCCCUGAUCUGCCUGGCUCUCCAGCACUACAUUCGGCGCCCGAGGAAGUUGCCGGCAGUCCUGGUCUUUGAGAAGCCCCACAACUUCUUCCUCAUCAACCCUGUCUGUCCAGAAACUCUCCAUGCUGUUCACACCUUGGACUUGGAGGCCUUCCAGAAGGUAUCACCAGAGCUGAGAGACUCAGACCUGCAUGGCAGCAUGGACAGUGGCUUGGGCAGUGCCAAGUCAUCACUGCAGACUGAAGAGUCCCAAUUUCUCCUGCUUGGCUCCCACCCCCAGAAUCAAGGGUCUCUGAGAAAGAGAGAGCCUCCUGAGCUACAGGACAGCUGUGGUGACAACACAGACAGUGGGAUCUGCCUGCAGGAACCCAGCUUACACUCCAGCACGGGGCAGACCUGGAAGCAGCAGUUUGGAUACACCAGUCAGGGCCAGGAUGACAGUGACAUUAACUCAGUCCAGAGCUCUCCAGGGCAGCCUGAGAACACACAGAGUGGUCCUGCCUUGGGCCAUGUCCAUCUUCUAGAACCUGGAAUCCCUGAGGAGAAAGACCAAGUCACAGUGACAUCCCAGGGCUACCAGAAACAGACCAGAUGGAAGGAAGAUUCAGCAAACCCAGCAGGACCCUUGGACAAAGAGAUUCUCUUGACAGAUGGCUUUGACCCUAAACUCGGGGUGUGCCUGCAGGCCGAGUUAGCUUGGCCUCCACCAGCUCUUGCCAAAGGUUAUUUGAAACAGGAGUCUCAAGGGAUGACCCCAGCACCAGCAGGUACCCCAAGUAUGCAAUGGAGUCAGCUGGCUGAAGAAUGGUCACUCCUGGGUGUGGUUAGCUGUGAAGACCUAAGUACAGAGAGUUGGAAUUUGACCCAUGAGCUUGCUCCUCUGGACUAUGGGGCAGCCCCUGGUGGCCUCCUGACUAGCUUUGACUCUAACCUGGCCACCCUGCCUCUAAUCUCCAGCCUGCAGAUAGAGGAAUGA